GGGGCGGGGCUGGGAGACCAGAGGGAGAGUUUGGGGAGACCUGGGAACUGCGGAGAGACAAGGCUGCGGGCGCGGCGAGGCGUUUCCAUUCAGCGAAUGGUUGAGAACCCAGCGUAAACGCGGCUCCCGGCGUCUGCUGGAUGCCUGCCGGGCGCAGUCCCAGCCAGAGCCCUUGCACCUGCAUGGCAGAGGCCGUGGAGCCCGCACAUUUCCACCCUGAGAUCCCACAAAUGUGGUUUUGUUUUCCCUUCCCCCCCCCCCCCAAUCUGCAGCUCCAGGCCCCACCCUGAGCCGCCCUCUCCACCAGCCGGGGAGGGGCGGGCGGGGGCCGCUGGGGCGUGGGAGAGGAAGGUCCGCGCUAUUAGGGCGGGCGGGGGCGGGCGCUGAGGCCUUGGGGUGGGGACCGGGUGAGGGGCCUGACGGCAGAGUCGGUCCAGAACUGCCCGGACAGCGACGCACAGCGAGGGUGAGACCCCAGCGGAGUCCGGGUCCCCUCCCCUAAAAUCCCAGCAGCCAGACCGGGAACCCCAGCGGACUCGGGAAACACCACGUCCCAGCCCCGGAGGCGGGCCCGCCAAGUUCUAGAAAAACUUUGGGGAUCUAUUGAGAGGGCAGUUGGCGGGACUGGGCACUCCCCUUCCUUCUCCCUCCCACUGUCCCCAGAAAUCUUCCCAUCCCUCCACCUCCCCAAGCCCUAAGUCCUCUCGGGCUCUGCCCUUCAGGGCAGCGGGUGUUGGGGAUGUCCAGCUCCUGAGCCCUCUUGAACCUGCACGGAGGCAAGACAAGGGAUUCAGCUCUGUCCCUUAUCUGAGGUGGGAGGGGGAAGGGAAUUAUGGAAGGAAUCCAGCUGUUAGUAAGGGUGUUCCAGUGCUAGGCGGAGGUGGAGUUUGGCUGCCUUUGGGGAGAUGGAAGAGUGAGGAAUAGAGGCCUGAUUUCUGAGCGUUGUUUCUGUGUUGGACAAUUCUAUGCAAACUAGAGGCAAAAUGGAAGAGGAUGCAAGUCCCCUCCUGGGGCCCCAGAUGCCCCCUCCUUUCUUGCUGCCUGGAGCAGGGGCAGUGCUGUUGUGGCUACUCCUGGUGUGAACAGCCCAUCCUGGCCACCUUCCACAGGAAACCUGACCUGAGGGACAGAAGAGGAAGGAAGCAGGCUUUGCCACUAAUGUCAGCGCAGAACUCUGGCUGGCCCCACCAAGAAGACAGCCCCAAGCCCCAGGACCCAGGUCCACCAGCCAACUCAGACAGUGACUCAGGCCACCUGCGGGGGGAGGACCCUGAGGAUACCUAUGCUCAGGGUCCUGCAGUUCUGAGCUUGGGUUCCCUUUGCCUGGACACCAACCAAGCCCCCAACUGGACUGGGCUUCAGACCCUCCUGCAGCAACUCCCUCCGCAGGACAUUGAUGAGCGCUACUGCCUGGCCCUUGGGGAGGAGGAGCGGGCCGAGCUGCGGCUCUUCUGUGCCAGGCGGAAGCAGGAAGCCCUGGGACAGGGGGUAGCCCGCCGGGUACUUCCCAAGCUUGAAGGACACACCUGUGAGAAGUGUAGGGAGCUGCUGAAGCCAGGGGAGUAUGGAGUGUUUGCAGCCCGGGCAGGGGAACAGCGCUGCUGGCACCAGCCUUGCUUUGCCUGCCAGGCCUGUGGCCAGGCCCUGAUAAACCUCAUCUACUUCUACCAUGAUGGACAACUCUACUGCGGCCGUCAUCAUGCAGAGUUGCUGCGCCCGCGCUGCCCGGCUUGUGACCAGCUGAUCUUCUCCUGGCGCUGCACCGAGGCGGAGGGACAGCGCUGGCAUGAGAACCACUUCUGUUGCCAGGACUGCGCCGGGCCUCUGGGCGGGGGACGUUAUGCCCUGCCUGGGGGAAGCCCCUGCUGCCCCAGCUGCUUCGAGAACCGCUACUUGGAUGCAGGCUCGAGCUGGGCCGGGGCACUGGAAGGGCAGGCUUUCCUUGGAGCGCCCCCACCACACCCCCAGACCCAAGCCUCGGGGCCCGCAGCUCUCACCGCGCGUCCCUGGCCGGAGCGUUCCAAGGGCCGCCCGAACCCACCCCGCGCCGCGGUCGGGGUUGCGGCACCGGACUCCCUCCCAGGCGCGGGAGGCGGACGCCCUCUGGUGGAGACGGGGGACCCUGGCGAGGACCCUCGGCGGCGGCGGCGCGCACGGCCCAGGGCUGGGCGGGGCGGGUGGCUGGGCCUCACCCCCGCUAGCUGCGGUGGAGGUCCAGCUCAGCGGCUCUGAGACCAGCGUUUCCGACCCGGCCCGGAACAGGGGAGACUGGACCCGACCGAACUGAAGGAAGGGACCAAACCUCGGUGAACUCUGCAACCCUCUCCCGAACACUCCUUCUCGCUGCUGCCAGCGGUUCCAGCCUGCAAACUCAGACGGGGCUGCCUGGA